CAAGCGGGUAGCAAGACAAAAUCGACAAGCAGGUGAAACAAAUCGCCGUGACGAUGAUGGCGCUGCUGGCGCCUAAUCCACUGCCGAGCGGCCUCCGCCUCAAGCGCACCACCGCCGCCGCCGCAAGAUCCCCUACCGUCCACCCUCUCCCCGACGAGCUCCAGCUGGUCGCGGACAUCCGCUCCCCUUACAACCACAUCCGGGUCGCCGACGUCUCCCCGCGGGCCACGGGCCACCCGCUCGCCGGCGCUCGUCUCCUCCUCCUGGACGGCCCGGGCAACAUCCACUCCCUCUCCUUCCCGCGGCGCGCCGACCAGCCCCCGCUCACCGCCACCUACCUCGACGCCUUCGCCACGCUCCCGCCUCUCCUCCCGCGCCCGUCCCUUGCGGUCCUCGGCUUCGGCGCCGGCUCCGCCGCCCGCGCGCUGCUCCACUUCUACCCGGACCUCUCCGUGCACGGCUGGGAGUUGGACCCCGCCGUGCUCGCCGUCGCUCGCGACUUCUUCGGCCUCGCGGAGCUGGAGAAGGACCACGCGGCGCGCCUGUCCGUGCACGUCGGCGACGCGCUGGCAGCUCAGGCGCCGCCCGGCGGCGGCGGCUUUGGCGGCGCCGUGGUCGACAUGUUCGCGGGCGGGAGCGUGCUGCCGGAGCUCCAGGAGCCGGACACGUGGCGACGGCUGGGCGGGAUCGUGGCUCCCGGGGGCAGGAUGAUGGUCAACUGCGGCGGCGCGUGCGUGGAGGCCGAGGAGGAGGGGAGGCACGGCGAGGCGGUCAAGGACGCCACGCUGGGGGCGAUGGCCGCGGCGUUCGGGGAUGGGAUGGUGUCGGUGCUGCACGUGGAUGAGAGCUGGGUGGCCAUGACAGGGCCGCCGGUGACGGUGCCGGAGGAGGCGGCGGCGUGGAAGGCGCGGCUACCUCCGGAGCUGCGGCAUUUCGUUGACACGUGGAGACCGUACAGAGGCACAAGUGGCGAAUGAACUCAGCUCAGCUGGGAAUUUCUGACUUCAUCACUAGUUGUGCUGUCUUUUAAUUAAGCAACCAUCAGUGGAUGGUUUCUUUGUUGCACUCUGUCUGUAAGUGAUGAACACUGAGGUUAGGUGUAUACUUGUUUCAGUAGCAAGCUUUCAGUCAAUUCCCUUGAGAUCUUGAAACUAAGGAUGCUUAGUUGGCUUGUUGCUGAAUUAUACUUUUAAUUGUA